GGUGUGUUUGGGGCAGAUACAAAUGAAAUACAGUCAGUGUCAGUGAUGGAGGGAGAUUCUGUCACUUUAAACUCUGAUCUUACUGAAAUACUUAAUGAUGACAUAACUUGGACAUUUGGAGCUGAAAAGAUUCUCAUAGCUAAAAUCAAAAGAAAGAAACAAAUCUUCUCCACAUAUGAUGUUCCUGAUGGGAGAUUCAGAGACAGACUGAAGCUGGACGAUCAAACUGGAUCUCUGAUCAUCACAAACACCACAACCAAACAUACUGGAGUAUAUCAAUUACUGAUGUUUGCAGCUAAACUGUCAUCAAAAACGUUCAAUGUUUCUGUCUAUGCUCGUCUGUCUGUUCCUGUCAUCAACAGAGACUGCUCUUCAUCAUCAUCAUCAUCAAAUUGUUCAUUGUUGUGUUCAGUGGUGAAUGUGGGUCAUGUGACUCUCUCCUGGUACAAAGGAAACAGUUUAUUGUCCAGCAUCAGUGUGUCUGAUCUCAGCAUCAGUCUCUCUCUACCUCUGGAGGUGGAAUAUCAGGAUAAAAACAGCUACAGCUGUGUGCUCAACAAUCCCAUCAGCCACCAGACCACACAUCUGGACAUCAGUCAACUCUGUCACACAUGUUCAGGUAUGGCAGUGCUGAUAUUUUAGUACACAUUUACUAACAUCAAUGACUCUCUUUUACUCUCCUUCUCCUCCUCCAGACUCUCUGAUAGUGUUGAUUUCUGCUGCUGCUGCUGGAUCUCUGUUGAUUGCCGCUGCAGUCGGGAUCUUCUGCUUCUGCAGGAAAUGUAGAAAAACUGACA